AUGCAUCUCAUCACCACCCUCCCAAUCCUCCCCCUAACCGCCCCCCCCUCCACCCUCGCCGAGCCCACCCUCCCAGACCUUACCCUGGGCGCCAUCACCGGCUGCGGCAGCAACAAGUACGCCCCGAACUGGUUCGCCUGGUUCAACAACCAGCCGGUCUGCCGCGGGCAGGACCUCGGCCCCAUCACCGUGGCGCCCAAUUCGGGCGCGAUCCAUGGACUGUGCGACUUCCACGUUUCCUUGGGGAAUUUCACCAACGUCCAGUUCACGGGCUGCGCGGCGGCGCCCACUUGGGAAGGGGAUGCGGGCCCGCCCACCGGCGUGGCAGUCGAUGGCCGUACGGUGCUGGUGUGCGAGGCCGUGUCGGAGGCGGAGGCGCAGGAGAGGGUCAAGUGUCCCAGUCCGUGUGGAAGUGGGUUCCCUGAUGUCGAGGUUGGGAAGAGGGUAAGGUGUGUUCGUAGGCGGGCUUAA